AUGGCCCCAGCCACCGCGCGCCGCAGCCGGCCCGCCAGGCCCGCGCGGGCCCCCCCCGGCCCGCUCCGCCGCCCGGCGCCUCCCGCGCCCGAGCGCCGCCAGCUCCUUCGCGCCCGUCCGCCGCCGCCCGCUCCUCCGCCCGGCCGCCGGCUGCCUGAGCUCGCCGCCGUCUCCGAUGAGUCCCCGCCGCCGCGCCCGGUCGCCGCCGCCUCCGCCGUCGCCAGGUCCGGCGACGGAUCCGGCCAGAUCCGGCGGGACCCGACCACCCCGACCCGCCGGUGCCUCGCCCCGUCCACCUCCGGCCGCCGCGCCGCCCCAUCUCCGGCGAGAGCCGCCGCCUGCCUCGAUCCACGUGCAACCCUAGAUCUGGAGAAGAUGCCGAUAAGGCCGAAGGUGCUGGUGGGGAUCUCGGUGGUGCAGAAGCAAAGGAGGAAGCAACAAAAUAAUAGCCAAGCGAUCCGGUACGGCAAGCUGUGGAACAGGAGUUCAACAUUUUUGUGGCUUUUAGUUUAG